AUGACGAUGGAAAGUCUAGAACAUGCAGGUAAUUCGCUUCGUAAUUUGUGGUUGCUUUGCUCCAAUAAAGACGAGUUCGCGCUGAAAUUACUAAACUUUGAAUCGUUCCACACUUGGCUGCCCAGGGAAACGCUUCCUCACAAACCCGAAUACCGGGAGGAGGUGCAGUUCCUUUUAGUGGCGAUGAGUAGUGAUUGCCACGCUGCCCCUAACGUUCAGCAGCUCAGGGAUCGAAUAUAUGCAUUCAACUUGUACGAGUACAAUGCUGCUAGUAAAUCCUGA